AUGGCUGGCGUAUCCGUCUCCGGCGUCGUGGCGUUCAAUGACGGUGCUGCGUAUCUCCGCCUGGUGCCAACGAAUCCCGCGACGCCCCCCUCGCCUACACCACCAGCAGCGGCAACGGUGCCCUGGCCAACUUCCACUACCCGAAGCGAUGAUGCAGUGUAUGAGGCUAUCAAGGACGGGAAAGUCAAAGUUCACACCACUCGCCAGCCCAUUACAAAGAAAGUACUGCAGGUCACGAUGAACAACAUCCAGCGUGCACUCUCGUUGACAGUGGGAUCAGGUGGUGGUUGGAGUCCGGAAGCUGACUCUAGACUGCUUCGCCUCUUAGCUUCCAGUAAGAAGGCUUACGCCAAGGGGAACCAUAUGAAGGCCAUCCAGGAUGCUGAGGACGUGCCAGCCAUCGAGGACAUAGACCACAACAUCCCCAUCGACCACAACAUCCAGGAGGGGUUCGACAAAUGUGAGCGUAUCUCGGAGCACAUGAACCAAAUGGACGUCGACCACAGCAUCCACAAGGCGGCGUCUGACGACGACGGGCAUAUCUCUGAGAACAUGAGCCAAGGCAGUCCGGCCUCGAAUGAGGCUAUGGGUGUCCAUGACAAUUCCCCUUCGGGCUCUUCCAGCUCCAGCAACCUCAUGGAUGAAGGCAUUGCAAAGGUGUCUGAUCGGAACUACCAGGUGCGAGUUCUACCCGAGCCGAACGUCUUCACGUGUGACUCCAUCGACCAGGUUUCAGUUCCGGACUUUCUGCAGGGCGUCUGUAGGCCAUUAGACAUCAAAGUCGUCAAGUCAGCCUCUGUCAUCUUUGAUGUUCACCUUGGGAUCGUUGAGUGCGGCAGUGCAAAUGUCAUUGGACAACAUGUUGCCAAAGGAAAUCUAGCGGAACUACCUCCACCGCUCGCCUUUGCCAACAUCCCGCCCGAAACAAGCAAGGUCGACAUCAUCAUUCACAACACAGGCGACGGCUGCAUGAAUGUACUGAAGGUCAUCUACCUGGAGAAAUCCCUCUCUUCCAAUGCGGCCAUUUCCAUGUGCAGUGGGAAACCCUUUGUGCCAGUGUUCCGUUCCGGUCCUCACGGUGUGAAGAAGGCUCUCCAAUGGGUUUUGGCGAGGGUCAGUGGUCAUCAUGUCCAGUGGCACGCUUUGGACAACAAGUCGCAAGGCGCCCUACAGAAAUCCACGUCAACUACAUGGUCGGUCGAGAACGACGAUCUGGCGGAUGGCAUACGGUUCAUCAACACCUUUGCUCCUGAAUGUGAUGCUCUUAACGAGCAAACAUUUUGGAUUCUCACAAAUAUCAAACCCGACUCGGGUACGCCAGUGGCCGGAUGGCCCGAGGUCAAAGUCAGGGCUAUGUGCCAAAACAAAUCCAGAGGCGUCUCAGGGGCCGCGUCCCACAACGAGUUCCCGCUCAACACUUCCAGCCUGAACUCCGUCCUCGUGGAGACUAUCUUGCCAUUGGUGUACCCUCUCCUCCUGAGCACAGCCAUCCUCAUGCUGGGGAACCCAGGCGUCGGGAAAACCCCAGCCAUCAUCACAAUGGCCAUGGCCAUUGGCCGCUAUCACAUCCGCCGUCUCGACCUGCAGGGCGUCAAGCCGGGUUGGAGACGGGCGAAGUCUUUGGACAAUUUCAGGCAGCGGUCGCCCCAGAUCCAGGAGGGACUCUUCCUGGACGACCCCUCAGCCCGUCGUCUGGAUAUCGCUGACCUCAAAGCCUUUGUCACGACGGAUGAGGACGGCACUGUGAGUGGCCGUUACAAUGAUGCCCGUCUGACACGCAAUCAAUUCCGGGCCCUGGCAUCCAACGACACAGGUGAGGAACCGGUGGGAGUCGGAGCUCAGGACACGACUCUUGAUCCCAACCUUUUCUUCAAUCUCAUCACUCCCCUCUUUGACGGUGCCCACAAGAAGGAGCUCUAUGGAAAUUACAAGCGGGGCGUGACCAUGUACGGCUUCAAUCAUGCGUCUGAGGUUGAGCGUGAGCAGGCCAUGAUUGAUGCCCGUGUGGAGUACAUGGGCAACUUCGCUAGUGUGAAGAACUAUGUCGAUGAUUCCAACGACGCACUCCAGUCCUGGCUUCGCCCUGUUCGUGUUCUACCACCCUCGCCGGAUUCGCCUGAGCAGCCUCAACAACCAAAUGAUCUUCAUUUGUCAAGGCACAUCGGUACAGGACCCAGAGCAAAUCGAGUAGAUCGCGGCUCCUUCGUCAUGCCAGAGGCAAAGUUCCGCCGCAUCCGCGGAAAGUCCAAUCUCGCAUCGUCAUCUUCGCUGGCGCCCCCCCGUCCACAUGAGGAGGACCCCGAUGAGGAAGCAGCCCGUGCCAUGCACGAGGAGUGA